AAAUAAGUGCAAAUUACGUUUAAUUAAUUCUCGCCUUGCUCGUCAAAAUGAGUGCAACUGCAACUAUAACAUUCGACACUUCAGCAAACGAUUCCCACCAUAGUCAAGAUAGCGAUGAAGCCGCCACUAAAGUUGGCAAAACUGCGUUCUCUUUUAUGGAGAAGCGGCUUAAAACCCGCGUUUUUGUGGACGACAUCGACUUUACUCCUGACGACAUAGUUGUCAGCAGCUUUCCUACCAUGAUGGACACCUUUUCACACGCUGCGUUUGAAGUUCGCGUCCGCUCUAACGUCGCGAUUGCCAAAACAGACAAGACUAAAGCAGACACGGGGGACGGCGGCCCGAAAGUGUUCGCCACAACCAUCUCCCUUGACGACAUAAAAAUCGAUCACACGCUCAACACAGAGGAGGGCUGCCCUCCCGACGACGUCGACGUAGAAAAGGCUCCCUCCGCGUUCUAUUUGCCUAAAAAGUACCCCCCCAUGUCUUAUCCACCAAAUAUAAUGGUAGUCUUCAAAGAAACCGAAACAGAAUUCCUGUUAGACCUGCCUUCGUUUUCCUUUGAUAAGGGAACGCCGGAAGGAAAUGCAGUUGAAGAAGCGAAUGAAUUCUAUAACUAUAUUACUGUUGGGAAGGGCAGGAAUCGAAAGAUGGUGAUGGAAGAGACCCAGACUGAGCCAGUGGUGGUCCAGUCUCGGCAUACAUUAGCGGUUCGACCGCAGAAAAAAAAUGCCGCGUCUUUCGCGUCCGUGUGGGACAUGCACGACACCUACGAGAAGCUAAAGCUAGCCCGCGCUAAAGAGGUACCUGACGAGAUGGUGCUGUACCAGUCCGCGGACGCGAGGCUGCUGCGUAAGAAGAAAAUAGUCGACACCGGCCCGAGGCGAGGCAAAAGUUUCCAAGAGAUAGGACAGACUCAUAAUUUCUACGAUGCAGUAAUGUUAACUGAGCGUGUUCUAGCGGCUAAAGCUUAUUCCGAUGCGCAAAAGAAGUUCAGAGGUCUCGUCCCUAUGGAUCCGCUCUCGCUCGACUUGGUGUACAUUUACACGAUCAAACGCCUAUGGACGUUUGAAUGCAAUGAGACUGAUGGCCAUCCCGUCGUGAUGAUGGCUUUCAAUCCUAGGAAUAAAAAUAUAUUGGCCGUGGCUUACGGUGACAUUGGAUGUGAGAAGUACUUCAAUGGCCUACUCGCUAUCUGGUGCACGAAGAACCCCAUCAAACCAGAGCGGUUAUACCGCUUCGAUGAACCGCUAACAUCCAUUUCAUUUUCCGCGAAGAAUCCGAACUGGCUCGCGUGUGGCUUUGCAAACGGGGACGUUUUAAUACUGGAUGUCACUUCAUAUGCCAACAAGAUUAUAGCUCAAAGUACCCGUGACACCAACCCCAGCUUCGAACCAAUCUGGACGGUAACCUGGCGCGCGGUAGACACAAACAACGAAUACGUUUUAACCACGUGCCAAGACGGGAGAGUGAAUAGAUUCACAAGUACGAAAACGCACGAUUUUAUCUGCACGCCUAUGAUGCGUUUAUCCACCGUUGAAGGCAGUUUGAAAGGGCUUCAAGUUACAAAAGCGUGUCUAAAGGUGGAUGUACCAAUAAAUAGACAUCCAGCAGGGCAUUGCAUCAUGUGGCAUCCAAGAAUCAGUCACAUUUAUUACGUAGGUACGGACGAAGGCUGCAUCCACCAAUGCUCGAAGAACUAUCUGAACCAGCACAUGGACGUGUUCCGAGCUCACGCGGGCCCAGUUUACGCUUUACACUGUUCGCCUUUCAUGGAGAAUUUGAUGAUGACUUGCGGCGCUGAUGGGGCUAUAAGAUUGUGGGUGGAAGGGAUAGAUGAUGUUAUAAUGACGUUAAAUUGCAAAGGGGCAGUGUAUGACGCUGCAUUCUGUCCUAUUAAUGCGACUAUAGUUCUUACCGUCAGCACUAAUAUAUUAUCUAUUUGGGAUUUGAGGAGGAAGACUCAUGUUCCUUGCGCGGAGUACACAUUGACGGAGCAGGGUAUCCUGACGUGUAUAAAGUUCGGUGCACGCGGGGAUAGUGUGUUCGUGUCGGACAGUGUGGGGAAGAUCCAUACGUUCCAUCUGGAAGACACGCCGAUCCCACCGUACGACCAGCGGAAGAUGCUGGACGACGCCAUCAACAAAGCGUUGUGCACAAGGCCGAACCUGCUCAAGCAGCUUGAGAAGAUGGCGUCUUAUCAGAAAAGACAUCCGUAACCUAAUU